GUUUAUGCAAAUGAGCGACGCUUUGGCCGAGAUGGUGCCGGUUCGCGUGGAACAGCUAUUUAGAUGGAAUAGGUGAAGGGAGCGGGGAGCGCGAAGCGGCCGCAGGUCAGAAAUCAGAGCUGAGUAGAAAUUACAUCUGAGAGUCUUUUUGAAAGGCCAAGGCCAUGGCGUCCAAGUGUCCCAAAUGUGAAAAAACUGUCUAUUUUGCUGAGAAGGUGACGUCCCUGGGGAAGGACUGGCACAAAUUCUGUCUGAAGUGCGAGCGCUGCAGCAAGACCCUGACGGCGGGGGGCCAUGCCGAGCAUGAUGGGAAACCCUACUGCCACAAGCCAUGCUACGCUGCCCUCUACGGACCGAAAGGUGUAAACAUCGGGGGGGCAGGCUCCUACGUCUAUGAGGCCCCUGUCAACAACGCUCCUGCCAGCGCUCCCGUGGAGGUUGCCCCCAAAUCCGAGGAGAAGAAGGCCUCCGGUCCCCCCAGGGGCCCCUCAAAAGCGGGUAGCGUCACAACCUUCUCCGGGGAGCCCAACAUGUGUCCUCGCUGCAACAAGAAGGUGUAUUUUGCGGAGAAGGUGACAUCCCUGGGGAAGGACUGGCAUCGCCCGUGCCUGCGCUGUGACAGGUGCAACAAGACUUUGGCUGCAGGCAGCCAUGCUGAGCAUGAUGGGCAGCCGUACUGCCACAAACCGUGCUACGCUGUGCUGUUUGGGCCCAAGGGGGUGAAUACUGGAGGGGUCGGGAGCUACAUCUAUGACAAGGAGCCCAGCUCUGAAACCCAGCCUUAAAUUCCGUCUCGCCACCCCUCUGUCCACCAGGAACACUCAGACACUUCCUCAGCCAUAGCCAGCGCACAGCCAGCACCGCGCUCCCUACACUACUGUGUCUACACUGCAGAGUGUUUCACGUUUCCAUUUACAUAUGCAAAUUGUGUGAUGACGCCUGUUCCAUCAUGUAGCCACAUGCUUAAUUUACAUGUCUAUUUACAUUACAACACCUUUCUUCACCGUUUGUUCUCUUAUUGAAUGUUUCAGCACAGAAAUUUGUUCCCUCAGUAUUUUAAAAAGCCUUAAAAGUUUUCUGGAAGGAGACUGUUAGAUGUUAUGCUUUACACCCAGUAACUAUAAGCUCGUGCAAAGUAUUCAGACGUGACAGGGCCGCCUUUUAAACCGCUGCCAAGAGCAAAAUGGAUCUCACCUCGGACAGUGGAAUCCAGAUGCAGCGCAGGAACACUACUGUAAAUCAGCAAGCUAUCUGCAGCCGUUAAUUUAUAGUGUGGCUUUUUGACAACAUUCCUACUGUAAGAAGAUGAAUGAAAAAUAUUUUUCAUUCAGGAUAGAAUCUGCUGGGUGACCUUAUGGGUACAUUAACAUGAUAUAUUUAAAUCUUUUUUUGAAAAUGGAUUAUGUGUUGCAGAUGAGAGUGGAUGAACUGCAGCUGAAAGUU